CCAUUUCUAUAUCUUAAAACAUCUUCCAUGGCAGCUCAACUUGGGUUUCUCUCAAUGACCCAACAAUCUCAACACCAUCAAAACCCUAGCUUGACUACUCCCAAUUUGUGGAUGUGGAACCCUAAGCAACUCCAAGACGACGACGACUCGUGGGAGGUGAGAGCCUUCGCGGAGGACACCGCCAGCAUCAACGGCACAACUUGGCCACCGAGGUCUUAUACUUGCACCUUUUGUAGGAGAGAAUUUCAGUCGGCGCAAGCCCUAGGUGGUCAUAUGAAUGUGCACCGCCGCGACCGAGCUAAACUCCAUCAACGCUCCAAUUCCUUCAAUCAUCUCUCCAAUUCAUCACCAUCUCCUAACUCAUCCUCUCUCUUAAUCCCAAGUCAUCAAGAAUUUGCCUCAAAUGGUGGUGGGUUGUGUCUUCUAUACCAAUUACCUAACCCUAAUGGGGUGGUUUUUGCUCAAACGGCCAUGAAUAAUGCAUGUACUACGAGUACUAUGAGCUCUUCUCCUUCUACUCUUCUCUCCAUGUCUCCACAUCCACCUAACAAUCAGAUUUCACCAUCUAUGAAUGAUCUUACCUCGGUUUCGCCGCCAGAGAAGAUGAAUUUUAGUGCUCGUAGUUAUCAUCGAUCUAGCAAAGUUGAAACUUCAAUUUCUAUUAGCAAGAAGAAUUGGGAGAAGACUGAAGAGCUUGAUCUAGAGCUCCGGCUUGGACAUAGAUGAUGGAUCUCCAAAUCGACUGAUGAGCAAUUCCAGUUUUUCACAGAUUUUUAAGUGAGAUUUUUUGUUUUUUUUUUUGGCCUUAACUUAGUGUAUGUUCGAUAAUUUAAUUUGUGUUUUUUGUUUCUGUAUGUGUGAUUAAAGUGAUAUAUAUAUAUAUGAAAAAAAGAGGGAAAACAAAGCUGUAAAUUAUAUUGAAAGGGAAUUUAAAGCAAAGGCAGAUUAGGGUUUGAAAAACAAUGAUAUAUUAGUGAUGGCCAGAGGAGUGUGCAGUGCAGUGUCAUUUUCUGCAACAGAACCUUCUGUACAACGUCUCUCUGGGCAUAUGUU